AAACAUUUUCUUGUUCGCUAAACAAUUUGUUCGUUAGAACGUGUUUGCUAAAUCCUAUUCGUCCCGACGUCUUCGCUUCCAAGCCAAGAGGUCUUAUGAAACGACAGACUUGAAGCCAACCUUCAUAUAGAAUGCCAGACAAUAUGACCAGUCAAUCAACGGGAGUCAAGGAGGAAUUCACAGAAUUGGACUGGAUUACGCUGAAAAGUGACAUUGGCUCGGAGCAGAAUCUACACACGGAGACAGCUGGCGAGAAGUUUCAGAGGAAGUUCAAGGAAAAUCCUCUUGUUCCCAUUGGAUGUGGACUGACUGCUGGUGCUCUCUGCUAUGGACUCAUGAGUUUCAGUCGUGGCAAUAGGAGAACGUCACAAAAUAUGAUGAGGUUGCGUAUAGCAGCUCAGGGCUUCACAAUAGCUGCUUUGAUGGUUGGCAUUGUGAAGACCUCCCUUAAGUGAACGUUGUUUUCAAGGGGGGUGUUAGGAUUUCCUAAUUUUUUUGUUUAUUGAUUUUAAUUUAUUAUUAUUUUUGUUUUCAUAGUUUGAAGAUGGGGAAGUAUAACUGAACCUGUCUGUGUGUGAUUUUUUUUUCCUUCACUCUUUACAGAGAUUCAGAUUAGAUGCUCUUUCAGUUAUCUGGUCA